GGGUGCAAACCGAGAAGACUCGGCGCGAAGGGAAAGUGGGCAGAGGAGGAGGAACAGGAGAUAUCCUGCCUAGGCAGUGAAUGAACAGUGACAGCGGGUCCGUCAGACACGGAGUGGUGGCCCGCGCGACCUCUGGCACUGGAAAGGUGGGGGAGAGGAAUUGAGAGAGAGCCAGAGCGGGGGGGAAAGGUGCGCCCCGAGGCAUGAAGCAACUCGCGCGCCCCAGCUCCUGGUGUCUCGCGCUGUUGUUGUUGGCUUCGCUGCUGAGCGCUUUGCGCGGGCAGGAGGACCGCCUCCGCAUUGGUGUUGCUGCAAAGAAUUGUGUCUGCAAGGGUAAAAGCCACUGCUAUUGUGAUGCGAUAAAAGGCAGUAAGGGCGAAAAAGGCUUUCCUGGAUUUCCUGGUCCACCAGGUCAGAUGGGUUUCCCUGGUCCAGAGGGCCCUCCUGGGCCACAAGGAUCCAAGGGUUUUCCAGGGCCAGCAGGCUUUGCUGUGCCUAAAGGUUCAAGGGGUAUGCCCGGAGUACCUGGUUAUUCAGGUCCCCCAGGUCUUCCAGGUGAACCAGGAAAUGCUGGUGCUUCAGGACGUCCAGGUAUACCAGGAUGCAAUGGGACAAAGGGUGACCAGGGAUUCCCAGGAUUCCCAGGGCAAGGAGGACUUCCAGGACCACCAGGUCCUAAAGGCCUCAAAGGAGAAAAAGGAUGUUCUGCAAAUGGAUAUGACCAGGGCUAUAGUUCCCAAGGUAAUCCUGGAUUGCCAGGAAUGCCUGGAUCCCAGGGUGAGCCUGGACCUCGAGGAUUACCAGGGCUGAUAGGGCCAGAAGGCCCUCCAGGCUUUCCAGGAGCACUAGGAAGACCAGGACUUCCAGGGCCCAAGGGUCUUAUGGGUGUUAAAGUAGUUGGUGCCAAAGGAUUAAAGGGGGACAAUGGACUAACGGGUCCACCUGGACCACCAGGAACAGUUAUUGUUACACUAACCGGAGCAGUUAAUACAACGGAACUGAAAGGAGAUAAAGGAGAUAUGGGUUCUCCAGGACCCUCUGGACGCCCAGGAGAAUCAGGUUUACCUGGUGAUAUUAAAAGUGAAAAAGGAGACCCAGGACAGCCAGGAUCUCAGGGUAGGACUGGAAAGGAUAGAACCCCUGGGCCACCUGGCUUACUGGGAGAAAAAGGAGAACAGGGUUUUGCAGGAUUGCCUGGAAAAGUUGGGCCCAAGGGGAGGAAAGGUGAAGUUGGCCGUGCAGGAAUUCAGGGUCCAACAGAAUAUUAUGAUGAAGUGUCAGGUGAAAAAGGAUAUCAGGGCUAUCCAGGAUUCCCAGGACACAAAGGCCAGCCCGGAGCACCCGGACCACAGGGUCCUUCGGGUGCCACUGGUAGGCCGGGUGUUUCAAGACUGGGUCCAAGAGGUCUACCAGGCUCUCCAGGCCUCAAAGGAAGUAAAGGAAUAAGAGGACAACCUGGCAUGAAUGCCAUUGCACUGCCAGGACGUCCUGGAUUGCCAGGAAGACCUGGCCCAGCAGGAUCACCAGGUCUUUCAGGACAACCAGGUAUAAUAACUUUUGAAAGAGGCCCACUAGGAAGCCCAGGAAGCCCAGGAUGCAUGGGAUCUCCAGGCCUUUCAGGAGAUAGUGGAGCAAAAGGUGAAGAAGCGGGCCCCUGCAACCAGUGCAGCUAUAUUAUGGGAGCACCUGGCCUUCCUGGUGUUCCUGGAGCACAGGGUCAACAAGGAGUUAAAGGUGCGGAAGGAAUAUUUGGCCCUAAAGGAUCCCAAGGAUCCCCUGGGCAGCAGGGGCCUCCUGGAGUUCAGGGACUUCCAGGUCUUCCAGGAAACCAAGGCCUUAAAGGAUCAAAAGGUGUACCAGAGUAUGUGCACCCAGAAAGCCCAAAAGGAGACAGAGGAGAACGAGGACUCAGAGGAACUUCAGGAGAAAAAGGUUCAGACGGGUUACCUGGGAAACAUGGAUUGAAAGGUUCAAGAGGUUCUGUGGGAGAACAGGGAUCUGAUGGUCCAAAAGGAGACAGAGGUACACCAGGAUCAGUUGGUAGCCCAGGUCUUCUUGGAGAAAUAGGGCUAUAUGGACCACCUGGAUAUGGACCACCAGGAGUGGAAGGGUCUAAAGGAUCUCAAGGAAGUCCUGGGUUGUCUGGGUUGCUUGGAGAAACUGGUCCUAAAGGUGAGCCAGGUAAAGUAAAUGCAAUUCCUGGACCUCCUGGACUUCGAGGGCCAGAUGGUAGACCCGGACCACAAGGAGGACGAGGUAGUGUUGGAUCCAGAGGACCACGUGGUGAUCCAGGCCCCCCAGGACCAGAAGGUGAUCCAGGCUUAUCAGAGAAUGGAUUUCCUGGUUAUCCUGGACUCAAGGGAGAUAAAGGAUCUAAAGGACUACCAGGUUGUCCAGGAAAAUCAGGGGAACCAGGCUUGCCUGGAAAACCUGGAAUCCCAGGAAAAAAGGGUGAACCAGGCCCAGUUAUUUCUGGACAACAAGGUAGGCUAGGUCCACCAGGAGGAGAGGGCAUGCCAGGUGAGAAGGGUGAAAGAGGACUCCCAGGUCUUCCGGGACUUCCAGGUCGCCAAGGUCAUGAUGGUGCUGAUGGACCAAGAGGAGAACCUGGGUUCCCUGGAGUUCCAGGAGAAAAGGGCAUUCCAGGAGAAAUGGGUGAUUGUCUUAUAGGCUUACCAGGAUCGCCAGGUCCAUGUGGAGUAAUAGGCCCACAAGGAAACAGAGGAGCACUAGGAGCCAAAGGAGAUCCAGGUAUUCCAGGAUUAGACAUCCCAGGGUUUCCAGGGCAAUUUGGGCUACCUGGAUUACCUGGCCCUCAAGGAGCUGAAGGAUUACCUGGCAUCAAGGGCCAUUCUGGCAGGCCAGGAGUACCAGGUGUAUUGGGUCCAAGAGGAGAACGAGGCUUGAUGGGCUCUGUAGGUGAUUCUGGGUUACCUGGCGUCUUUGGAAAUCCAGGUGUCCCUGGAAGUAGGGGUUCUCCUGGUUUUCCAGGACCAAAAGGAAGAAAAGGAACUUCAGCAGAAAAAGGUGAGCCAGGUAAUAAAGGUUCUCCUGGAACAUCAGAGUCCAAAGUGAGUUUUGGAGAUAAAGGAGAUAGAGGAACUAAAGGAUUUCCAGGAAGAACUGGACUCAAGGGAGGAAAAGGAGAGCAAGGUGUGCAAGGUUGCAUGGGUCCUACUGGGGUGCCAGGAACACCAGACCGACCAGGUUCCAAAGGCGAUAAAGGACUUCCAGGAAUUCCUGGGGGACGGGGAUUGCCAGGGGCACCAGGAGACAGAGGAGACAUGGGAGUGCCAGGUUCUAAAGGUGAACAAGGUUCUUCUGGUUUGCCUGGAUCACCAGGUAUACGAGGGCCACCUGGCUCACUUGGUAUUCCAGGGGAUAAAGGAGAACCAGCCUGUCCUGGAUCUGGAUCUCCUGGAAACCCAGGACCCAAGGGUGAUCCAGGCCCCCUGGGAGAAAGAGGAAGAAAAGGUGAAAGUGGAUCACCAGGCCGGCCAGGGCUUAUAGGAGAACCUGGACUAUCUGGAAACAGAGGGGGGAAUGGUUUACCAGGAAUUCCAGGACAGUCAGGACCUACAGGCAAUAAUGGUAUUAAAGGUGCUAAAGGAUUACCAGGACAAAAUGGCAUCAGAGGCUCUCCAGGUUCCAUUGGGUUACCUGGUGAUGAUGGACCAGUUGGUAAAAAGGGUACUCAAGGACAGGAUGGUGUUCCUGGACCUCAGGGAGAAAAGGGAGCACAAGGUUUCCCAGGGCAGCAGCUUCCUGGUCCGCAAGGCAUUUCUGGUCCUAAAGGUGUCAAAGGAGAUAUUGGAGUGCAUGGUUUUCCAGGGCCACAAGAUGUUAAGGGUCAUAUGGGGGAUCAGGGACCAAGUGGACCUCCAGGCUUACCUGGACAACCAGGGCUUCCAGGGCAACCAGGCAUAAGAAUUGUUGGCCAAAAAGGAAACACGGGCCCACCUGGACCAGAUGGAAAACCAGGUGUUCCUGGUAUCCCAGGACCUGCUGGACUCUCUACCUACAGUAUUAAAGGAAAUAAAGGUGUUCGAGGGACAGAUGGCUUACCAGGCACACCAGGAACUAGAGGUGAUGUUGGUCUGCCUGGGCCAGCAGGAAUUCAAGGUAUCCUCGGCUAUCAAGGUCCUAGAGGUGAACCUGGUUUUCCAGGAUUACCAGGCAUAAAAGGAGAAAAGGGUAAUGGAGGACCACCUGGGCCAACAGGAGUGCCAGGGCCUGGAGGGCCAAAGGGACCACCUGGUCAGAGUGGAGCAUCCGGGAAAGCUGUCUCUUUCCCAGGAAACCCAGGACCUGCUGGACCUCCAGGAAACCCAGGAAGCUCAGGAGAUCCAGGUCCCAGAGGACCACCUGGGCUGACAGGACCUCCAAGUAUAAAGGGCCAGCCAGGGCGUAUUGGGAUUCCAGGUAUACCUGGGCCACCUGGACUAAAAGGAGAUAAGGGAUUUCAAGGACAAAAAGGUUUGCCUGGAUUGCUUGGGUUUCCUGGUGUAAAGGGACUCGCUGGAUUUCCAGGAAGCUGCUUACUUGACCCAGCAAAAAGGGGCUUCAUCUUUUCUCGGCAUAGUCAGUCAGCAGAGAUUCCUUCAUGUCCAUCUGGGACAGCUCAAAUCUAUAGUGGUUAUUCUCUUCUCUUUGUACAAGGAAAUGAACAAGCACAUGGACAAGACCUUGGUACAGCUGGUAGCUGCCUUCAGAGAUUUACCACCAUGCCCUUUUUAUUAUGUAAUCCCAGUAAUGUUUGCAGAUUUGCUUCUCGCAAUGACUAUUCAUAUUGGCUGUCAACAGCAGAACCAAUGCCAGCAGAUAUGGCACCAAUUUCUGGAAAAGCUUUGGAGCCUUAUAUUAGCAGAUGCAUUGUCUGUGAAGGCCCUGCAAUGGUGAUAGCAGUCCACAGUCAAACAACUUCAGUUCCGCCAUGUCCUCAAGGAUGGCAGUCUGUCUGGAAAGGAUUUUCUUUUGUUAUGUAUACAGGUGCAGGCUCAGAAGCUUCUGGACAAGCGCUGGCAUCUCCAGGGUCAUGUUUAGAAAAAUUUCAUGCCAUUCCAUUUAUUGAAUGUCAUGGCCGAGGAACGUGCAAUUAUUAUUCAAAUUCCUACAGCUUCUGGUUGGCUUCACUAAAUCCAAGAAGAAUGUUCAGGAAACCAUCGCCACAGACUCUGAAAGCUGGAGAACUGGAAAAAAUCAUAAGUCGCUGUCAAGUCUGCAUGAGGACACCCAGCUAAACAAAAUUGUUACUCAAGAAUUAAACAACAGUUUUGUGGACUAAAUUAAACCAAACCAAAAAGAUUUUAUGAACUUGUAACGUGCCUUAACUAAAGCCAAACUACAUUUGCACAGUAAACUUGAAGAUACCGAUGCUGUACUAUAAUUAAAUUUGAAAUAGUGCAAUAUUUUCACUUGUUUCUAGUAAAAUGCAAAGCACUUUUUUAAAAAGUAAAUUGAAUUGGCAGUACUACAAGGUCAUCACCUUCUGAACUCUGCCUCUCCUAGGUGUGUGUCAAAUUUGAACUAGUGUGUCUGGAAGGGCUACAGCUGCUGUCUUGUGCCCUUGUGCUUUUCUAGCUGCAAAAUGGAAUAAACAGGGUAGCGCUGGUUUAUAUAUCACCAAAGCAGAUAUAAUUUAAGUUGAAACUCUGGCACAACAAGAAAUUAAGUAUAGCAAAACAACUAUGCAUGACAGUUUUGAAAUUUCACCAAAUUAAUGUUAAAAUCUCUAUGUGAUCCUUUGGCAGGAAGGGAGAAUUGUAACAUUUUAGUAUGGCAGGAAAGGAGAACUGUAACAUUUUAGUAUCACUACAAUAGCCGUGCUUCUUGACUUAUUGGUUAGUUGCCCUCUAAGUACAUGUUUGCAUAUUAUUGGAUCCUACUAACUUCAGCUGUUUGUUUGUUUUUGGCCAGUCUUACUAAACAAGUCCUGACAAUGGCAAAUCUUGAAAGAUGUGAUUUAUUACUUGCUGCCUAUGGAUUGGCUCCAAAUAAGCUAGUUAUACUUUAGUCCUAUUGCAAUAGAUGGGACAAGUUAAUCAUGACUACCUUAAAUUCUAUUGAUUUCAAUGGGACUCUGGCACCAGCUGAGACUACUGGAGCAAAAGUGACUGACGAGCUUGUAAAUGGCUACUCUCCUGGUAACCUGCAGCAAGUAGAAAUCAUCCUGAGGCAGCCAAGUUGAGAAGCUUUUCUGAACUGGAAGAGAAUUUGUUUUCCUUCAGCCUGUAGAUGUAACACAAAUUAUUAAUAUACUAUGUGUAGGAACUGCUAGUAAAAUCUGUUGAGGGCUUAUAACUUUGUAGACUUGUCCAAAAGGUUGGACGUAUGACAUCAGAAAUAUCUACCAAAAUUAGAUAGCAUCAACAGUAAGUACUGUUUGUAUGCAAUAAAUGCAAAACCCUUUCAUUUUUGUCUCUACUAUAAAGGUAUCAAGUAACAUAUACAUAUUUAAAGGGACAUAAAUGAUGGUCGAGAUAGCUGAAUGUAAUAAAAGUCCAUCCAGUAAAAUCCAAGCCUCGAAAAAGAGUAGCUUUUUACUAGUUUCAAAUGGUACUAUCUGGGAAUUUAUCUAGAACAUUUGGUUUAAAAUGGGUGGGGAACCACUGGACCACAAGGUCAUUAUCUCCAAACCAUGCCCACCUGCCUUGCACCUGACAUCGUAUGUGAUGUCAGGUUUAGGUCAGGUACAGACACUACUGACAAUGUGCAAUCAGGAGUUUGCUCCCAAUUGUGCAUUAGCAAGGGAAAGCAGGCUUCAGCUCUGCCGUCCACCUGCCAAUAGAGCCAAAGCCUGCUAGAUCAGCUGCAUGUGGUGCUCUGCAGUCUAGACUUCAGGACGUAAGUGUCCAAUCACCUGAUGUGACUGACACAUCGCUAGGGAUGGACAAGAAUUUCAAUUCAGUCCACAUUUCAAGCCAAAUUUAUAAAAUUUGCACUUUCCUAAACAAUAUGAGAACCAAAACACAGCCAUCCUUUGAAAUUUGCACUUGAUCUGAAUUUUUCAAUGCGGUUUUCCAACCAAUGUUUAUAUAAAUUCAUAUAUUGGAUGAAGUGUGCAGAAAAAUGAAUGUAUGAGUGAAAGUAACAUGCAAAAAUGCAUUAUAUGAUGAGAAAUAGCUUGAAAAAUGUGUACAUUAAUCAAAACUGCCUACAAAAAUGUAUUUAUUGAGAGAAACUUGCACUCAAAUGCUUAAGAAUUUUCAGGAAGAUUUACAAAAAUAGCAAAUUGCUGCUGAAAUGUGAAGAACUGAAUUUAAGACUGGAAAAAUGAGAAACUGAGAAAACAAAAAUUGACAGAUCUUUUCAUCCCUAAUCCCUGCCCACUCAUCAAAUCUGGCACUAAAAAGCUAGAGAAUUUUCAUGUGGGCUUUAAAAAAAUAUAUCUCAGAUUGCUGCAGCAUUGUGGAGAACUGAAUUUAAGACUGGAAAAAUGAGAAACUGAGACAAAUGAAAUUGACAGUUCUCUGCAUCCCUAAUCCCCACCCAAUUGUCAAAUUUCGCCGCAUAACCAAUAAGGUUCCCCAACUCUCGUUUAAAUGGACUGACUCUGCAAACAUAUACAUCUACUCAGAAGUCACACUGCGUUCAAACAGCUUUCAGUGCAAUCUUAUGUGUCUACUCAGAGGAAAUCCUUGCUGAAUUCAUUGGGAUUUAUUCCCAGCUAAAUGAGUAUAGGAGUGCAAAUUUAGGUAUGGCAUUCUGAUCCAGCAUAUUUCUGAUGAAAAUAUUCCUCUGGAUUUGUAAACUACCCAGCAUAUCCAAUUCCUGCUAAACUUGAUAGGGGCUAGACAGGUAUGCCCAACUAGGGCCACUAGUUGGAUGAGGGUCUUUAUUAUUAUAAUUUGUGUAUAAUAUAUGUAUAAAAGCAUAGCUCUGAAUGUUUUAUAUUUAUAACAUUGCACUUGACAAAAAUUGAAAAUAUUAAAGUUAACACUAAGGAUGCUCACUACUUUUUUACUUGCACAACUGUCAGCACUGCAAUAUCUAGCAAUAAUAAUUGUAUCUCAUUAAUCUGCAUACUUAUGUAAAUGAAUAAUUCUAAAUAAAGGAUUUA